AUGGAUUGGGUAGAGCCCGCAGAGGAGGAAAUGUACAUUUCCAACUUUCCUCCUGAAAACAUGCGUCUAAAUGUGAAGUUGUUUUCUGUCCCGCCGAAGUCUUCGCCAGAUCCACCGGAAACACACUCCAAAGUAUUCAAAUGGAAGUCGCAAAUUACCGAGGGUCGUCUUAUUUCAAGCCUCACUGAUCUAAAGACAAAUCUCAUCACUGGAAUUGAAAAUAUCACGCUGAAUCAAAACAACGCAGAAGCUAAGUUUACUGAGAAAAUGUUCAUCUAUGCGAAUUUGGCGCGAAAUCCGGACGAGCAACAAGAACUUAUUGAAAUUUUACGAAUACGAACAGAUGGAAACGGCCACUAUUGGUUCAAGCCAGAUUUGACAGGAAGCAGGCCUCCCUAUCGGAUACCGCCGUUUGCGUCUGCCAGCAUUUUUACCAACCAAGAGUGGCGAUAUAAAAUUGAAGGAAUUCAAGUCGGACCGGCACACGGUUUCCAAGAUGAAAAAUCAGUUCUACCGCCGCAAAUCACAUGGACAGACUCGCACCCGAUGGAAGGUGUCGUCAAAGUCCAUGUUUUUGGAGAGGUGCUUUCGGCUGAAGGCUUCGAGUAUCCAACUAUCUCUGUAACGAUCAGAAACUCCCUCGACUCGCAACACGUUGUCACGCAUUCAGUGUCCCCACGAGACGGAAUCAGAAAAUAUUCGUAUCCCUUCACUUUUGAGUUCUCAAUGAGAGACGGGGCUCGGUAUCCAGAGCUGUUUGUUGAAGCAGUUUCUUUCGGGUUUUUCAAUAAUCGAAGAAUCGAAGGCUAUGGUUACGGAAUGAUCCCGGAAGAGGCGGGUAAACACGAUGUUGAAAUCAAAUGCUGGAGACCGCAAAUGGGACUUCAAGACGAAUUACGCCGUUUCUUCCUCGGUGGCACAGGAGAGCUGGUGUCGCUCAAUCCAAUCGGCAUCAACCCUUAUUCUUCCUCAAACAAGUUCUCCCGCCUUGGACUCAACACGAUGACUACAGGGACGGUGAAAGUGCGUCUCCGCAUCGCCAAACACUUCCACAAAAGCUCCAAAAAGAAAUCAACCUCACGACUGCCAGCAGAAAGUUCGAAAGAAGACAUCUUGGAAAAAUUCCAAAAGGUUCGAGAUCAGAUGAUUCGCAACCGAAGAGCCGUUCCAAAACACAUUAUUUCCUCUUGA